GCUGCUGCUGCUGCUGCUGCCAUCACCAUCCCCACAACUACCGCCACUGCCAAAGAUACACCAUGGACUUCCCACUUGACACCAACAUCGACGAGCUGGAGGACGAUCUGCUCUCCAUGCUUGAGGGCGACACCAACAUUGGCCAUGCCUUCCGCGAGAAGCGCCUGCUGGAACUGAAGCUCCAGGCCGAGCGCGCCCAGAUGAUGCAGGACCUGCAGUACGGCAAGUACACGGAGGUGACCGAGGACAAGCAGGUCCUCGAUAUGACCACCAAGCUGCCCUUCGUGGUGAUUCACUUCUACCGGUCGGACUUCGCCCGGUGUGACAUCAUGCACCGGCAUCUGGAAAAGGUGGCCAAGAAGUACACCGACACCAAGUUCGCCCGGGGAGAUGUGACCAAGCUCCCGUUCAUGGUGGAGAAGCUCCGUAUUCAGGUCCUUCCCUGUGUGAUUUUCUUCAUCAACGGCGUCACCAACGGCCGGCUACUUGGCUUCGAGGACCUUGGCAACACGGACCACUUCACGACCGAGCAGCUGGAGGCGCGGCUCCGGCAGGCCGGUGUCAUCGGCCGGCCGGGCGAGUCUCUGACCGCCGCCGUGAACCUGGCCAGCCGCGCGGCCAAGGUGCGCGACGGUGCCUACGCCGAUGCAUUUGCCAAGCGUACUUCGGGCGCCGGGUCGCUCGGUGGGGCACGGCGCUCCGCCCGCCGGGGGAUCAACUCCGACAGCGACUACUCCGAUGACGAGGACGAUUGAGCGCAAUGGCCAUGGAGCUGGCCGGCCCCUUGCCUCAUCCUUCCCUCUGUUCUCCCCUCCUCCUCCUCCUCCUC